UUGUCAAUCUUCCUCCUGUUUCACUUUCUAGCGUUUUCUCGGCACCCAAACUGAGCUCCCUUUGUUAAUUGAAAUUUAUAUAAGUCUCUGCAGAAUUUGGAAGUGUCAGGCUGAUCAACGAUGGCAACAGCUACAUACCCGCCACCGCCGCCGUAUUAUAGGCUCUACAAAGAUUACCUACAAAACCCUAAAUCGGCUCCGGAGCCUCCGCCUCCAAUCGAAGGCACCUACGUUUGCUUUGGUGGCAGUUACACUACUGAUGAUGUGCUUCCAAGCUUGGAAGAGCAAGGGGUACGGCAACUCUAUCCCAAAGGACCCAACGUUGAUUUCAAGAAGGAAUUGAGGUCGCUCAACAGAGAAUUGCAACUGCAUAUUUUGGAGCUAGCUGAUGUUCUUGUUGAGAGACCAUCACAGUAUGCAAGACGAGUGGAGGAGAUAUCUCUUAUAUUCAAGAACUUGCACCACUUGCUCAACUCGUUGCGUCCUCAUCAGGCUAGAGCAACAUUGAUCCACAUUCUAGAACUUCAGAUACAACGCCGUAAACAGGCUCUGGAGGAUAUUAAGAGUAGGAGAGAGGAAGCACAAAGACUGCUCAAGGAGUCACUUGGGACCCUAGAUGGACAGUAGCACAGCGAGUUUGAGCUUGUGUUGUGAAUGGCUUCUUUCAUGGUGUUGAUCCCUGUAACAAAGCUUAUGUUUCCCAGGAAUACUUGGAGUCAGGGAUGGAACGAGUGUAGUUAAAAGCUUGACUUGCUCUCUCAUCUUGUGGCAGUUUGAUUUUUACUAAAGAGGAAUGUAUAUCAGUUUAUGCUGUAAAAUUAUCAGGGAUUAGCAUACCCUUUUUGUUCUCAUUUUACACGUUAAUCUUGAUAUCAAAUCUCUCUAGGGCUGUCGAAGUGAAA